AUGAAGGUUUUUUAUGUUUAUGGACAAUUACAACUACAGGUUCUCUGGAUUGUUAUGGAUGUAGUUUUCUGGAUUUUUACUUUCUUUUUAGUUGAACUACUUUCCAUCAUUAGCAAUCCUGAAACACAAAUCGCUUCAGUCCUAACAAGUAUCAGUGGAGGUUUUCGAAUGUUAAGCAUGGAAACAAGACGUGCAAAAGUUCUUGCAACUUAUGGCUCAAAAGUUUUGAAUUUAAUUAUCUCCAAUAAUAUUUAUCCUACUUACGAACCUACGUUUGCUCCUAUUAAAGAUGCUUUAAGAAUUCACCCUGGUGACAAAUCAAAUACCUCAUUAUAUAUUCCUUCUGAUUUUAACAUCAGCAAUCACUGGGAACCUUCAACCAUUUUUUAUAACCCAGAUGGCAAUUAUAGCUUAGCUGAUAAGUGGGAAAAUAAUAAUUUUUUUUCUAAAGACAUUAUGGUUGACUACGAAGAUUCAAAGUAUAUAGAUGGAACCACAAUUUUUAAUAAAAGUGAUUCAUCAUCUGGGAACUUUUUCAGUUGUGGUUUGACUGAUAAAUGGAGCAGUGUUAUACUCGGGGUUAAUGGUGCUUAUAAUCAUUACAUCAAUUUGCCUGUUGUCCCUAUAUUACCCCAGGUUAUGUGUAUCAAUAAAACAUCAAAUUUAAAUAACAGUGAAUUUAUCGUUCCAUCUGAUUAUCUGGAUCCUUAUUUUGGAAGUAAUCCUGGUGACAAUUUUACAUUAUUUGGAAUCGACAAAACAGCAGGGAAAAUUUUUGCCGGAAGCGUUUCUUAUUAUAACUUUAGAUAUGGCUAUAAUUAUCUUUCAAAUGAACCGGGAUUUUCGUCUGAUCCAUUAAGCUUUUUAAAUAGCACAUUUAAUUCAUUUGACCUCGAUCUAUCUUCUCCUAAUUACAACAUUCUCUUCAACAAAAAUAAUAAUGAUACAACUCUUACAUAUAUGAGAAAUAUCACUAAAAGUCUUUUGAAAUUUAUCGACCUUUAUUAUAACAGCGAUGCUAGUUUUGUUUUGACAUUCACCUUGGGGAAAAAGCUUGAAGGAAACAUUUCUUCAUAUGGCGUCCUACAUAAUAAAGUAACACUUGGAUAUUAUCGAGAAGCAGAUGCUUUAGCUGUUACUCAAAAUGUUUUCACCACCAGAAAUUUUAUCUUUGAAUAUGAUUAUAACAACCAAAAUACAAAUACCCCAAAUUAUUAUUCUAACCUUAUUGAACAAUGGGGUGUUAGUCUCAUUCCGGUUGCCUCAAAUAUCAAGGUAUCAACAUUCGUGUAUACUGUGCUAAGUGAAACUUUGGGUAUAACUGUAAAAGGUUAUGGAGAAUUGGGGUUUUAUUAUCCAGGUAAAGUCAGAUAUAAUGCAACUGCUAUUGCAAUUGCGAUCGCUUCCGCAACUUUAGCAUCUUUGGUUUUGUUUUUUAUUACAAAAGUUAUUCUCUAUAAAUAUCCUCAAGGUAUUCCAACAUAUUAUGGUCUAUUGCAUGAGUAUCAUAAGAACUGUUUAGAUGCCAGUCCUCCAUAUGAUGCUGAGAUUGAACGCCAGUCUAUUUUUAAAAUCAUUGACAAAGCUUAUGAAGGUGCAGGGUAUGAUGGAAAACUGCAGAGAAAUCGAGUUGGAAUUCUAGACGAGGCUUCCAUUAGGGUAGGAACUAAUAAAAAUGGAAUAAUUAAAAGACGAUUUAUAAGAUAA